AUGUCUGGGGAGGGUGAACGCGCCUCUCGCCCGAACUCCCUGUUACUGGAAACGCCUGGACCGGAACGCGAACCACUUCGAUUCGAUGUUCAGCUCGUGGGAGCGCCGCCAGAAGUUGAACAGCUUGUUAAUAACAUCAAACAAGUUUCAGAAGACUUUCUCUAUCACUGGAAAACUUUUCCAAUUGUAUUACCACCAUCAAGAUUCACCGGCCCAGACAAUAGACCGUCAGAUAUUAUUAUUGCCCCUCCCUGUGACGAGUUGGAUGCUGCAGCCCUCGAUGCUGGCGUUGAACCACAUCCCUUAACACCAAAACAGCUACAUGCAAUACGAGAAAAAGGUGAGUUCGAAGUCCCAUCGCGUCAUUUCCCCGGCCAGACCCAUGUAUGGAGAGUGGCUGGGUGGCUUCAAAGAGGCAGGGCUCGUGCUAAGGAAGAACUAUAUUGUCAUGUAGCAAGAGCCGUGGCCCUUAUAGUGGUUGUAUCAAGAGACAGACUUCUGAGAGACGAGCCGUUAUCUUUGAUAGCUGGUGGUAAAGCGUUCUUGGAAGGAUUUCAACGAUUAAUCGAUCUAAUAUUCGGUCUGCCGUCCUUGGAAGCUCGAGAUCUUGAAAAGAAAAUACGCGAGGAAAGAUCACGUUAUUUGGUAGCUGAGUUAAUAUGUAAGAACGAAAACCAAGAGGAUAUAGCAGCUUUAGCGGCGUGGGUGUCGCGGGCCAUGAGAAGGGCUGCUUCUGAGAAGACAGACGGACGGGAACCGCGGGCCAUACCACGUGUACCUUAUAUAUAUACAACACCGCAGAGGACACAGGUCGAUCUCCGUCUAUACAAACGUGACCUGCUCCGUCGCGCCGCGUCCUCCCUACAGACCAUACUAGAACGAGAGUCGAGAGGAUGGUUCUUACACUUCCGGGAACGUAAAGCAGCUCUGCUCGCCAGUCAGAAGAUGCCCAUCAAGGAUAUUGAAGAGGAGGUUAGCACAGCGGCCAUGAAGGAGUACGUGAGUCGUGUGUGUAAUGCUGUGCUCAGUUGUGAGCAACUAGCGGCCCUUGGACCUUUGGUGCCUGAAUUACUAGCAGCACAAUUGAGAGCCGCUGUUAUCGUUAACAGAGCAGAAGAAGGAGUACGUCGUAAGUUAGAGGCGGGUCUAUCUAGUGCGGAGGCUCGUAUUAUAGCAUCACAUCCAAUAUUAUCACGAGCCGACACUUGGAAGAAGGAAAAGCUAGCGGCCGCCGCUCAUGUAUUGAGGAAUGAACUGCGAUGGACGGCGAUGGAAGACGCGGCGAACGCUAUGCAAGUCCACAAACUGCAUCAGCAUAGAUACUUCCUGUUGAGGGACUUGGCUUUCCUUAAGGAUAGGGAGCCGUUGCUUAUGAAGGAGCUUCGCGCAGCUAAAACUCCUACCCGUGAAUUCACCUGGGCUACACGUAUCUGGUUUCCGCACAACUGGACCAUCAUACGUCACUUCCGGGGUCGUUCAGAGCGGAUACCAACCGUCAUCAGUGGCAGAGCUACCAACAUAGUAACUCCCAGAUCAGACCCCUCCCAGCCUGUAUUCCUCGCAGACCGCGAGAAAAUACGCACCACUACAACAAGGUGGCCAUUUUGGAGACUGCUCAAUCUUGCUCACAGGAGUUGGUGUUGGACAUGGAACAUGAUGUUUGUGUUGGGAGUGCUCAUUCCUUGGUGUUCCCCGCUGUCUCUACGGACACUGCUCUGUGUCAAACCAUUUGUACCGGAUCUAGAACUAUCACAGGUAAACGGAACGCUUUUUCCGAAACGUAGCAGUGAAACUCAAACUAUGUGGUCGCAAUUGCUCAAACUGUGGCGACAUGUGUCGAAAGAGAGGACCCGCUUUGAAACGGAACCUGAUACGGGACUUCUAGGCAAAGGUAUGAGCAGACAAGCGAAUCGUAUAUGGAACUACGGUGUGAUAGGCGGCUGUGGAUCUCUGGCGCUGCUACUUCUGUUCCCGUUGGUGUCACUGGCGGCCAGCCUACUGUCACUGGCUGUGGCCGCCAGUGUGCCAGUGUGGAUGCCACCGCUGGCCGUGGCAUUACACGCUGUUAAUGCGCUGGUGUUCGAUCUAGAUUGUCCUGAUCCGCCACGGCUUAAUCGUUGGUUCGUGCUGUUCGAAGUGUUGAUAUGGCGUAUCGGGUUGUUGGGUGUGUUACAGCCGAUAGUCGCAUUCAUCGUAGCUGUGUUCGUGUGUCCACUGACGGCUCUCAUUAUGCUAGUCUUGUGUGUCAGCUGGUGGUGUGUGCGCGGCGUGUGGGAGGCUGUGUCGUGGCGCGUGUUGUUAGUGAGAGGCGCGCGAGUCCCCGCUCACGACUCACGGUUCUGUAGACGAGUCGCCGGACCUGCUCUGCUCACACACGCAUCCUAUCAGAUCACGGCCGCCCAAGCGUUAGCGGCUGUGUGUGCUCGAGGCGAGUUAGAGUCCCUUACCUCGUGGGCCAGUGAAGUAGAGGCCGCCAUAGAACGACCACUCAGGGAUUACGCUCACUUCGUAGACGCAUGCUUCGGACCAUUCUCAGUACAAAUAGCUAAAACGGGUGCUUACAAACAACUUGAAAAGGAAUGCAGUGAACUAGUUUGGUCUUUGAGAGAGAAAGUUGCGACGAGGAAACGAGAACUGUCCCUGGGACUGAGUGACGCAGCGAGGGCCAGGGUACGGAUGCAGGCGCAGGAUUUGAGGAAAGCCGUCCAUCUAUCAGCGAUUGAGUUGUCCCGUGUGUGGGGCGAAGCGGCCUCUAGAAGUGAUGAUUGGUGGACAGCACGCGGACUCGAACCUUCGGACUGGCACGCACUCGCCGCCAACAUGCUCGUUGAGGUGUUCGACGCUGAGAUUCUAGUCGCGUUGGAGGAGGGUGAAGCCCGAGUUUCCCUGGAGGCGGGCCCGGGGGCUGCGAAGUGGGGCCGCGCCGCCCGCGACCACGCGCCGCCUGACGUACUGGCUGAGAGAGACGACUGGGGGCCGGCGCCCGGUGUAUGGGGUGAAUGGUCGGGUACUCCGGCGCCCCGAGUGCCUCCGCCCUCGCUGGAGGUGUCCGCGUUCAGUCCCCGGAGCCCUGCGUUACCCCCACUACCGCCGCCCGCUGCUGUCGCCUUAGUACUGCAUAAUAGAGAAUCGGACAAUCCUAUACAACUAGAUUCAGAACUUUGUACUGAAAUACUGAAAACUCUUGAAGAUGCGCCCGACUGUGAUGACAGACGAGAUGAUGUUGAACGUUAUCGCGGCGGUGGUAGUGAGGCGACCAGUGAUACAAGUGGCUCUGACACACCGGACGACGAAGGUCGACAAGAACACGCGCCGGACUGCAGAAUAUCCCCGGCCACAGAGCGAGCUGCCUGCAGGUGGACCCUCACAGGUCGAGGGGUCCGUCUGAGAGCAGACCUGGCCAGUCCUGAGGACGUGACCUUGGACACGGACAGACACGUAGGAACAUCCGUUUGA